UGCACUGGCAGGGCGCAGGUUGUGUCUGGGUCGUUGAAAAGUGCGAAAAGUGCGAAAAGCUCAGCGGAGCGCGCGACUGUUCGAUCGGGAUAUCGCGUUGAGUUGAGACUUACAACAAUUGGAUUAGGGAAUUACGCUUCAAAUAAAUACAAAAAUAAUCUUAAUUAGACUUAUUACAAUCCUACAUUGUGGCCACGUACUAAAAGUAGUUUUUAUAGCGCAGUCAAUGUGAUAAAUUCAGUAUAUAUAUAUUUAUAUAAGUAUUUCUCAGAGUUGCGAAUGUGUUAGUGAAACGCUUAAUCAAAGACAAAGGGAAAUUUAUAAUAAAAAUAUCAAAGUUCCUUAAAAGAAUUCAAAAUAAUAAAAAAUAAUAUAAAUUAUAUUAUAAAUAAAAUGAUCAAAGUAAACCUGAUCUAUCCAAUAAUCCUUUGCUGUUGCCUGGCGGCUGUGCCGCAGGUGCGAGCAAAGCAUCUGCUCGAAUUUAUCGCCGAAAGUGCGAAUAAUGAAAUUGAAAAACAAGUCGAAACUUAUGAUUUUUCCUCCUGCCAAAUAUAUUGCUAUGGACCUCUGUUGCAUACGGUACAGAUGGCGAAACUGUUUCCCGACUCGAAGACCUUUGUAGACAUGAAACUGAAGGCUUCGCCUGAGAAGACAAUGGAGUUAUUUGAGGCAUUUAUGGCUUCCACGAAUAAUACACCCACUAACGAUCAGAUACGGAAAUUUGUUGAUGAUAAUUUUGGAGCAAAGGGCACCGAGCUGGAGGUGUGGACACCUACAGAUUGGGUCGAACAUCCAGCGUUUUUGGAUCUUGUGAACGAUCCGGAUCUGAAGCAAUGGGGCGUCGAUCUAAACAACAUCUGGAAGGAGCUCGGACGUAAGAUGAAGGACGAUGUGCACAAGAAUCCGGAAUAUUACUCCAUUAUACCCGUGCCCAAUCCGGUCAUUAUUCCCGGCGGCCGCUUUAUCGAGUUCUACUACUGGGACUCUUACUGGAUCAUUCGAGGCCUGUUGUACAGCGAGAUGAGGGAUACGGCCCGUGGCAUGAUCGAGAACUUCAUGUCGAUUGUACAGCGCAUUGGAUUCAUACCGAACGGUGGUCGCGUCUACUACUGGGGUCGCUCCCAGCCGCCGCUACUGGCGGGCAUGGUCAAGUCCUAUGUGGACUUCACCAAGGACGAUCGCUUUGCCAUCAAUGCACUGGAUGUGCUGGAGCAUGAAUUCGAAUACUUCAUCAACAAUCACAGCGUACAGGCCAAAGGCUAUAAUCUAGCUGUGUACAGGGACUCGUCGAAGGGACCCCGUCCCGAAUCCUACAGUGAGGACAUAGAGACAGCUGCUACCUUCAACACCGACGAGGAUAAGGAAAACCACUAUAGUGAGUUGAAGUCGGCUGCUGAAUCGGGCAUGGACUUCAGCUCCCGCUGGUACAUCAACGAGGAGGGCACAAAUGUUGGAAAUCUCUCAGUUACGAAGACCCGUUCCAUUGUUCCAGUCGACCUGAAUUCGAUUCUCUACUGGAACGCCAAAAUUAUUGCAGAAUUCCAUGCCAAGGCGGGCAACGUGGACAAGAUGACAGAGUAUGAGACCAAGGCGCAGAAAAUCAAGGAGGCUAUUCAGGCUGUCCUGUGGAACGAGGAGGCCGGCUGCUGGCUGGACUAUGAUUUGAUCAACGAGAAGCCACGCGACUACUUCGUGACCUCCAAUCUAGCCCCGUUGUGGGUCAAGGCUUACAAUAUUUCCGACACCGACAAGAUAUCCGCAUCGGUGCUGAACUAUAUUGAAAAGAACAAACUGGACACAUUCCCAGGCGGCAUACCAAACACGCUCUAUCAGACUGGAGAGCAGUGGGACUUCCCCAAUGUGUGGGCGCCUCUGCAGUAUAUUAUCAUCGAGGGUCUGGACAAUUUGGGCACUCCCGAUGCCAAGCAGCUGUCGAAGAGGUGGGGUCAUCGCUGGGUGAAAUCCAAUUUUGCAGCAUAUCGCGAUUCGCGUGCCAUGUUCGAAAAGUACGAUGCGGAAAAGUUUGGCGGACAUGGCGGCGGUGGUGAAUACGGCGUACAGAAGGGCUUUGGCUGGACCAAUGGCGUCAUCAUCGAGUGGCUAGCGAAAUACGGACACGAGAUUUCGCUGAGCAACACGGGCGCUGCAGGUCCCAGCAGUCGAUUCCUCAGCUUAUUAGGCGUAACAGCUGUGGCGUUAAUAGGUGCCUUUGCCGGUCAUCUCAUCUGGUGAGAUUCAGAGACAACUUUGUUUGCCCUAUGAAAAUGUGAUUCCCUCCUUCCCAGCAUUUUAGUGUGCAUGUGUGUGAGUGUGUGUGUGUGUGAGCGUAUGUAUGUGUUUCCAAUUAGACAAAAAGCGUUUUCAGCUUGUGUGCGCAGAUUGCAGUAUUAGAUAUAAACAAUAUACAAUUGACAUAUUUGUUAGAGAUGUGAUGUGAGUUGUACAUACAGAAUUCUAUAAUAACGGGCAUGCCCCACUUGUUGAGUUACCUUUAAUAUUAAACUUAAGCAACCAAUUGAAGACAAUAAUGGACACAAAUCAAUGUUAAUGCAUGGCAUUCGUUGACUACAUAUAUAUAUAUAUAUAUAUAUAUAGAAAUAUCCUCGCAACCCUCGUGAAGAAAAGACACAAUUUGAUAUAUUUUUGAUGUUGUUAGUUGUUAACAAAAAUUGCCAAAUUGUUUCCUCUGAUUUAUAGUUACAUAAAAAAAAAAUAAAAAAAUAAUAAUAAUACAAAUAUUUGUUGCAUGAACACAACUGUUUUUCUGUCCAUAAACAAAUGUUAAUAAUAUUUUCCCACUUCUACAGGCGAACUUGGUUCAAGUAACUCAGAGCGUCAGCACAAUUGUCAAGUGUACAUAGGUUUUUUAUUUUAUUUUUAUAUUGUUGCUUUGCUUGCAUUCAAAAUUCAAUAAUUGGAAACUUAUCUAUAAAAUAGCUAACACGACAUAAUAAGACGACAUUAAACUAGAGGACUGAGUUACAUGCACACGUAUAUAUACAUACAUAUAUACAUACAUACAUACAUACAUACAUACAUGUAUAUAUAUAGAGCAUAUGUAAUUUGAAAUCUUAGCGCACUUUUGCGUUUGGAUAUGACUCGGUUUGAUUUGACAAGGACACAAACUAUCCACAGAUAACAGAUACAGAUAUAACAAAAAAGAAAGAGUGGAAUUAUCGUACACAGUACAUACAUAGAGAAAAUAACAAUAAAUAUUUGCCAGCGCUUUAGAAUAGUGUAAAUUAACUAAUUCGUCUGCUGCGGCUCGUGACUAAAGUAGGGAGCGGUGUUUGGCGUGAGCAAAGUGUGACAAAUAUCACAGACGCGGGCAAUACGUUUCCGUGGUCCCGAUGGCACCGUUUUCGUUAGACAUUUAUCGCAGUAGAUGUGUCCACAGUGGCGGCAAUGGAUUUUGCGCACCAUCACCGUGAAGCAGGCGUUGCAUGUGGGACAAUUGUUGACAUCGUCGUCGUCCUGCCAGCGCACCUCGGUGUCAGCAUGCCGCAGCUCCUCCAAGGUCAUCUACAAAAAACAACAAAUAGGUUUAAGUUUACAAGUAUAAUUGAAAAUAAAAAAUAAAUAUUUAUAUUUUUACUUAA